CAUACCGACGGAAUGAAUUUGACGACAGUUUGGAUAUACUUUUAGCUUUCAUGAAGUAGGUUUAAAUAAUUGCACGCGAAUACUUAUGAAUAUACAGUGUUUAUUGGAAUACUAUGUGUGUAUAAUCUCAACAAGUUAAAAAUAUAUCCAUACGAUUUGUACGUUAAAAUGAAUGUUGUGAAUACUUUAAUGUUAACUUUUUCAUUCUGUAUGGAACAAAGUAAUGGUUUCUUUGCAAGAACAAUUCGAGAUGGAAAUUGGAGGACAAGGACACACGUAGAUAUAACUGCUGCUGGAACAUUUAGAGCAAUUGACAGGUAUAUCAAACUAAACAAAGGAUAUGGAUCUAUUGACGAUUUCUAUAAAAAUGAUCCCAAUGGCAAAGAUACCAUGAUGAAGAAAGUAUUUGCGUUGAGAAAGGCAGCUGCUGAUACACAGGGGAAGAGGAAGGAUACAGCUUAUAUACACUGUCACGCCGAUCAAAUCUUUCUCGCGCACAACUUCGUGAAAUCUUGUAAACAGAAAUUGAUUGCACGAAAGGAUGAUCUGGACGAAUUCAUAACCCAGCUUGGUGAAUGCCUCUAUACCGUACAGUCAUUUUACAGUAAUACGAACUGGGUAGAAAUGUUUGGUGGUGUUGCGUAUGAAGAUUUUGGAAUAAACAAUUUAAUGGAAGUAGCGGCCUUAGACGAAGACACCUGUUUAGAUAAUGCAGAUUACAAUUCUCAAUGUAAGAACAACAUCAAAGUGAACGAUAAACUGACCAGUGGAUACCAUCAAGGAAGAGGCAACACCAAACCUGCAAAGGCAAUUGGUUCAUCAACUGGUAAAUGUAGUCAUGGAGGUCCCGACGAUGACAGCAGAAAACUUGUGGCAAGAUGUGGCAUCAAUAAGGACUCAAUUACCCCUGAAUGGUCACCACAUUCUAAUCUACACGAGCAAGCAUAUACGGCCGCUGUCCAGGCUACAGAGAACUUCCUUGUUGCUGAUGGAACUGGAGUGCUAUACAUUAUUGGGCAAACAUUAUUUGAAGAUGUAUUUCAUGUUAAAAGACGGAGAAAUAUGACUCUAGCAGUAGCAAUAGACUAUACAGCAUCUAUGACAGACGAUAUUACCGCUGUGAAAACAAAGGUGAUAGAACUGUUAACGAAUACUGUAGGAUCUGCCAAUGAACCUGCUGAUUAUGUUCUGUCUUUGUUUCAUGAUCCAGAAACAUUGAAUACGGCCCAUAAGUAUAUUAAUGGAUAUGCAAUGAUUAACAAAGUUCAAACACUCAAAACAGUUCUCAGUUAUGACCCUGACUGUCCUGAAUACGCAGCAUCAGGGACUUUAGCAGCAAUAGAACUGAUGAGAGAUAACUCGCCUCUAUAUGUAUUUACGGAUGCAGACGCAAAAGAUGCUAAUCGCCUUCUAGAAGUUUGUAAUGCAGCCAAAGCAAAGAAUAUACCAGUCUCGUCAUUACUAACUAAUCAAUGUUCUCGAAAAAAACGAUCAGCGUUAGGUCGGAAUGAAAGGUCUGCAUCGUCAUUGUCAUAUUACGAACAAAUAGCAGAAGCAACGGGUGGCACUGUCUAUGAAACAGACAAAGAAAACAUUGCCAAUGUCCUGGACACUGUAUUAAAGGAAACAUUUCCGUCUAGUGAAAUAAUUAUAGACUCGUUUGACUGGUCUGCCGGUGAAACUGAUGAACAAAAUAUUACCGUUGAUAGUACGAUCACAGUUCUUAAAAUAAGUGUUACUGGGUCAUCCGCAGAAACAGAUGCAGAUAUAUUUUAUGCAAAUGGGACAUUGGAGACAUACACAUCUGGAAUGUCAACAAGAAUAUAUACCUCAUCAGGCGAAACCAUUAUAUCAAUUCAGCAUCCUCCAAGUAGUAUCAUGAAACUAAGAAGGAAUGUCAAUAAAGACUGGAAGGUAAAUAUUACAGCACAGAGUUCUAUCAAGAUUGAUGGUGAACUUUUGGAACAAUCAGAUAGUGGUGAAAUGUUUUCUGUAAGUGGCAGUCCAAUUUCAGAUACCAACUAUACUGUUGAUUUGUCCGUGUAUAACUUGGGACCAAAUGGUACAUGUCACAACAUUGCAUUGACUGAUAGUGCCGGAAAUGUUAUAUCGUCACACGAGGCUUCACAGUUGCAGCGAGAUUUCAAUACUUGGUGUGCUGCAACUUUCAGAACGCCAAAUAUUGAAUUCCAAGUUAAAUUAUAUGGAAAUGAUAACAGUGGGAGAUCAUUCACAAGAAAGCUCUCGGAAUUUAACAAACCUUCAAGUGUUGAACUACAAAUAACAGCACCAAGCGAUGACGUAAUAGUUGGAAAGGAAAGGCUGAUUGGUUAUGAAGUUAUAAAUCGUGGUAAUGUGACAGAAACCUAUCAAGUGUCAAUAUCAGACGACCAUUCAUUUGUCCAAGGAACCACAACUGUAGAGUAUACUCUUCUUCCUGGAGAUGGUGCUAAUGGAACCUUUGCUGUUAAGCCUACUACACCCUCUGUUAUAUUCUCGUAUACAAUAUCAGCUUCAAUUAAAUCAACUGGAAAGAUUCAACAGAGUAUCACUAGGAAACUUGUGGGAACAGAUGUUGAGAGACCUGAUUGUACUAUUGUACAGACGGCUGGAGUAUGUGGUAUAUCAUCUCUUAAUACAGCUAAUUGUUCCUUGUACAACUGGACCGCCUCAGCUGAAGUGACAUUUUCCGGGACACUGUUAAAUAGUAUAUCAUCAACUGUGGGAAUGUCAGUUCAAUUGUCUCAUGUCAAUAUAACGGUAUUAUCUACUGGACCUAUAGCUGUUAACAUCAGUGGUGACUGUUGUACGCCAUCUUUAUACAUAAAUGUGAUCGAUGUUGAUGGUUUUAUAUCACAGUGUGAUUUAUCUUUUGGUGAUGGACAGUCAGUUCAGCCAGCAGAGGAUGUGUCACAACCUUCUGGGUCACCGGAGAAAGAUGUCUACACAAUCAUUAUUAUACUGACAGUGUGCGUCUUUCAGAUGUUAAAAAUGUAGCAUUUAGUGCAGUUGCUCUGAGCACACACCAGACAAGUCGAAAUAUGCAUUAUGCCAAUCUAAAGCAGUUCCUGAUACUACAAGGAACAAAAUAGUUAUAAAAACAAGGAUUAAUUAUCAUUGAACAAUUUUUGAAUUAAAAAGAUAAUAUGUUUAUAGUAUUUACUUAGCUGAUAUCAACGUUAAUACUUAUUUAAAUACGAUCAUGUUUAAAGCCAACUUUGUGAAUAUUUUAACACAUGCGCAACAAAAGAAAUCGGAUGCCAAAGAUUACUAAUAAUUUGUAUAUUAAUGAAAAUUAUGUGUUUGAAAUAUAUAUUUAGAUUCAAGGUUUAAUUGUCCUUUAUACUGGUGUUACCUCUUUGUCUGAUGUAAAUAUUGAUUGUAAUAUUGUUUUGUGCUA